AAUGACUUCGUUAUCAAUAUCCUCCCGUUCUAUGAAUCUUGCAAAUGUUGCAGCAACCCUGAAUGUCAGGAGAGACCGCGGAUCCCAUCGAGACUUCCGGCAUUCCUGACAUUUCCAGGAGGUGACGACUCGCCAGCUUGGCGAGAUUGAAGAGCUUGUGUGAACCUGCGACGGGGAGUGCUCGCUACACAAAAAUCCAUGAUGGCUUCGCAAACGAUGGCGACUUCGACUUCGGUGCAAUUUGAUGACGACGUGGGAAGGGAGAGUCCCAGCCGACAACUCAAUGGCAGCCUUCGUCGACAGCAAGCCAGGCCCGACCUUCGCAACGCCGAUGCCAAUGCACACGCAACACCACCUAACGGCCAUUUAUCAUCUUCUCAAGAAGUGCGACAUAUCACAGAAGAUCGCCCAGUCGACGUCCGAGCAUCGAAGGAAUAUAAACACACCUUCGCUGUACACGCUCAAGCCCGGCCAAGCCUGUUCAGCCAAGAUGCCACGACCUCUCCCUCCUCGCUCGGAUUUAGGAACUUGAUGGGACUGGUCAUUGCUAUUUCGAAUGUGCGGCUUAUGAUGGACAAUUUUAGAAAGUAUGGAAUACUUGUGACACUUUCGGGCGCCAAAGUCCGGGAAGGGGAUUGGAUGUGGUUUUGGAUACUGUACGCCCUCACGCCGUGUCAUUUAUGGCUCGCAUUCGGGAUUGAGCAGGCGGCAGCACGAUUCGCGAAGAAUAUUACUGCACAAAUCAAGAGAGAGGGCGAAGACCAGAGGGAGCGCAUCCUCGCGGAUGACAGGCAAACAUACAGGAUCUGGUUCUCGACCUGGCGAGUAAUCGCCAUCAGUCACGCACUCAAUGCUACAUUCAUGCUGCUGUUUGCAAGCUAUAUCACAUACUUCCACAUCCACAAUCCUGGACUAGGCACGAUCACAGAGCUGCAUGCUGUCGUGGUCUGGCUUAAGGCGUGCAGCUAUGCUCUUACGAACCGCGACCUCCGAGAGGCAUACCUUCAUUCCGACCCGAAUGCAUCUCUACCGGCGCUAUACAGAAGCUGUCCGUAUCCGAGCAACAUCAACUUCAAAAAUUUGUCCUAUUUCUGGUGGGCGCCCACUCUUGUGUAUCAGCCGGUAUAUCCACGAACGACCAAGAGAAGGUGGGACUUUGUUGCAAAGCGUGCGGCCGAGUUCUUCUUCCUCUGCGUUGUUAUCUGGAUCACAUGCGCUCAGUAUGCAGUCCCUUUGCUGCACAACUCUGUAGAUGACAUCUCGAAGCUGCGCGGCUUCAACAUUCUGGAAAGAGUCAUGAAGCUGAGCACGAUCAGUCUGGUAUGCUGGCUCGCAGGAUUCUUCGCACUAUUCCAGUCCUUCCUGAACCUGCUGGCUGAGAUUACCAGAUUCGGCGAUCGUGAGUUCUACGGGGAUUGGUGGAAUGUGUCAGACAUUCGAUCAUACUGGACUUCUUGGAACAAGCCAGUCACGCACUUCAUGAAACGACACGUCUACGCACCAAUGGUCAAUCGAGGAGUACCAUCUCCAGUCGCGCAAAUCCUCACCUUCUUGUUCUCCGGUGUCCUCCACGAAAUGCUGGUCGGCGUACCUACCCAUAAUAUCCUUUGGGUAGCGUUCUUCGGCAUGGUGGGCCAGAUCCCAUUGAUUUUCUUGACGGACAUGAUCAAGAGAGUCUUUGGCAAGGGGCGGAAUGCGAAGCUGGCCGGGAAUCUGAUAUUCUGGCUCACCUUCUGUAUCUUUGGGCAACCGCUUGCUGCUUUGAUGUAUUUCUUUGCUUGGCAGGCGAAGUAUGGGGAUGCUGCGACGAGACCUGAGUGGCCUGAGAUCAAGUUGAGGUAGUACCUUGAUCGCAGAGUCAUUAUCAUGGGCAAUGGUGUUAUGUUUGUUCGCGCUUGAGUGGGUUGGGUUGGGUAUGCUGGUUGACGUCUUUCGAGCGGUAGAUGUGGAAUUUUGGAAGCAUGAAUGAGCUAUGAUCAAUGUGAUACUGUAUGUCUACCUAGCACACGAAACUGAUGCUGGAUGUCGUUUCCUUG